CGCGCACGCUAGUGCACGCGCGUCACAUGAAGGGGAUGCAUACGCGCGGUGGCGGGGACUGAAGAUGGCGGAUAGUGAUGUUGAACCAGAGCCCGACUGGAGUAAUCGGCCUUCCAACACUGCCGAGGACACUCUCGUCGCCAUGGAAUGCUUGCUCACCACCUUGAGAGCGCUUGAAGCAACGCUCAGGCAACAAGACAUUUCGGAAAUAUCAUCCACCGAAUAUUGCGACAACUUCUGCCAGGCACUGAUGGACUACGCUGGGAGCAGGAAUUCUGUGGAACAUGGUCUUCCUCUCCUGGAGGUCUACUGCCUGGCCAUCAACUGCUUUGCUGCUGCAAGGCCACAUCUCACUGCAGACUCUGACACUGUUGCCCUGGUGUUGAAGAGACUAGCACUGAGCUGUUUUGAACUGUUGCUAUCUGUGCCUGAAAACGAAAUCCCUUAUGAGGCCUGGGUUCAAUUUCACCGCUCUGUUCAGGUGGCACAUGAUGCCUUGUUGGAGUAUGGGAGCAUAGAUCUACAAGCCCUCCUCCAAAUCACAGGGGAGGGUGGAGCGUGGAGUAACCCUGUCCUAAGCGCCCUUCUCACCGGUCAUCCCACAACCGCAGAGGAAGUUGACGCGUACAUCUCCUUGGAGGGGGAGGGCUUCAUGGAGAUGCGGGUUAAACACCUGGAGAAAGUGGGGGAGGUGGCGAAGGCUGUGGUACUGGCUAAGGCCUGUGCUGAAUGCCAUCUUGUCUCCAACCAAACCACCUUCCGCCAGACCUAUGUCUCUCUCCUCUGCCAACUGCUGCCGGGCGAGGAGGCCAUCAUGGAGAUAUCCAGACUGGACUGUAAGGAUGUGCUGGAUAUUACAUGCAAUUUGGAGACUGAGGGGGAGGAUAAUACAGCCUUCAUCCUGUGUACUACCUUCCUAACUCAACAGCUGCAGCAGCAGAGCCUGUACUGCUCCUGGGAGCUCACACUGUUGUGGAGUAAGCUGCAGAGAAGGAUCGACCCAUCUUUGGAGUCACUGCUGGAGCGUUGCCUGCAGCUAGGUGCCAUUGCUAAGACUGUCUACCAUCUGCUCUUCCUUGUGCGUGUCAUCCGGACAGAGGCAGAGGAGCUGGGUCUGGCUUCAUCUGUGGAGUUAUGUGUUAAAGCACUACAGCUCCCAAAGCAAGAGGACACAGAAACAAGGAUAUCUGUGUGCAAAACUGUAUCCUGCCUCCUACCAGACGAUCUUGAGGUGUUGCGGGCCUGCCAGCUGACAGAGUUUCUCUUAGGCCUCUCUCAUGUGGCCUUCAGCACCCUUCAAGAGCUCUAUCUGCGGCCCGAUCAGAAGUAUGACCAGGAAAAUGCCAUUAUCCCCAACUCGCUGCGGUGUGAACUGCUCCUGGCACUUAAAGCCCACUGGCCUUUCGACCCUGAAUUCUGGGACUGGAAGACACUCAAGCAUCAGUGCAUCAUGCUGCUGGGGCUUGAACCUGAGCCGGAGGAGGAAGAAGAGAAAGGGAGGGGGCAGGAGGAGGUUAGUCUUGAGCAGGAUGUAAAGGAGGAGGUGGAGAGGGGAUUUGUUGAUAAGCCAAAAGAAUACGUAAAUGGGACAAGUGGAAGCAUUGAUGGUCAUGAGAAAGAUGAAGAAAAUGACUGGGACAGUAAACUACCUUCAAAGCCAGAUGCUGAGGGUACCUCAGAGCAGGGUUCACUGCAGAAGAAAUACAAGUUCUUCUGCAAGAUUUGUAAGAAAUCUGUUACUGAGACUCGAAUCCUUCUUCACUCUAAGAGGCAUGAAGAAAACGGUGUUUCCACCUGCCCUGUCUGCCUGAAGAAGUUUAAGAGCAGAAAGGAUUUUAUCCCACACACCAAACUACACCUUCAGAUGCCAUCCAGAAGCACUCGACAGAAGAAAAAGGACAAAAAGAGGGUUGAUUUGGAUAAGGAAAUGGAGGAGGAUGACUUGGAUGACUUGGAGCCUGGUGAGAUUGCCCUUGACCCAUCCUUAAUGCUGUACUACCAGUCCACACAUGAUCCUGAUGUUCUGGAGCACAUUCUAGAACAAGCUUCAUCUGCACCCAGGAAGCCUGGUCAUGAGGAUAACAUCACAAUUGAAUACAUUAACGUUCAUUUUGAAUUGCAGAAUCGUGACAUAUACACAUGCCCUGCUACUCACUGUACAAAGACUUUUAAGCAUUCCAAGUACCUGGGUGUGCACCUUAAAUCAGAAGACCAUGUUAGCGACGAGAACGUGAAACAUUAUUGUGAAAUGAGAGACCGUAGGGAAAAGUGCACUUACUGUCGGCGCCACUUCAUGUCUGCCUAUCACCACCGCAGGCAUCGGCGUGUGCACUACGGUGACCUGCCUUACAUGUGUAUGGUCACAGAUUGUGGUGCUCGUUUCAGCACCUCCAAUGAGCUUGUCACACAUAAGCAGAGCCAUGGCUUUCAACUUAGCUACCAGUGUGAGCUCAAAGGUUGUAGUCUUUCUUUCUGUGACUUGGGGCAGGUAUACCACCAUGAAGCACAGCACUUUCGUGAUGCAGCAUAUAGCUGCACUAGCUUUGAUUGCAAGAAGUUCUACUUUUCUAAAAAGGAAUUUAGCCGGCAUUUAGCCACACACGGCAUUACCUUCUCUGAGGAAGACUUUGAGGCACAGAGGAAGGCCAAAAUAAAACAUCUUGACUCCAUAACAGAGGAGAUAGCCAGCCCCAAAAAGUCGUGUGACAUAAAGACUGUACUGGAGGAGGUAGUCAACGGGGAAAACAAUGUUACUUUCUCUACAUGCAGUGCCUCCUCCUCACAGAGUUGCAAGGAGCCCAAGGGCACAAUGGCAUCUGUUGCUGUGUGCUUUGAUGGAAAAAAGUUCACUUGUGGUUUCGAGAGGUGUGGAUUGACCUUCUCCAAAGCUAGAGAUGUCCACCAACACCUAAGGUGUGUUCAUCCAGAACAUUUCAAGUCUGAGAAUAAGGAACGCAAAAAUCUUGUCAAAGAGAAGGGCUUGAAAUCGAAAGGUCUAAAGAUAAAAACAGAGAAGAACAACGAUGACAAGAACAAACAUGAACUUGCAACUUGUCUGCUAAUGAAGGGGUCAAGCCAGGAAAAUGCUUGUCCUAUUAAGAACACAGCAACAUCUCCCUCAAGCCUGGACAAUGACCCUUUGAGAGAGAUUUUGAUUGGGCUUAGCCAGCUUAGUCUGACACUCUCCAGCUCUACAAAUGGAUUUUGUGAGCCCUUCCAUCCAAUCUCAGGAUCCACAUCAAAGAUAUCCUGCCAUCAGGGUCUUGGUACCAGGUCCCCAGUUGUGUUUUUGCAAAAGAGAGCGCAACCCGCUGUUGGCAAGAGGGUGAAACUGACAUCAAACACGGAACCAUCAGUAGCCCACAGUCUACCCACAGAGCAACACUUAGAUUCAGACCAGGUCAGCCCCUUUGUUUUGCAAGCCUCUACUAAACCAUACUUCUGUGAGCUUAAUGAUUGCAACUUUAGAAGUGUGACCAGCACAACCCUAAUGCGCCACUACAUGAACAAGCAUAAUUUCGCAGAAAAGAAGGCGAAAGGAAUGAAGAUCCUCAAAUCACUGACAUUUAAGCCAUUUAAGUGUCACCUCUGCUUCAAAUGCCAUAGAGAGAAGACAGACUUGAGGGUUCAUUAUCUUCAGACGCAUAGACUUAGCGAGGCAGUUGUGGAACAAAUGAGCUGUUGGUCUAAAAAGCGGGUUGAGGGUAAACCCCCAGAACCCACCAAGCCAACAGUCUCCAUAACACAACCCCCAGAACCCACCAAGCCAACCGUCUCCAUAAAACAACCCCCAGAACCCACCAAGCCAACAGUCUCCUUUACACAGCCCCCAGAUGACACCGAGCAAACAUCCUCCUUUACACAAAAAUCUCAGACCCCCACCUGGCAACACCCCUCCUGGCAGCAGAAGUACCAAAAAAAGAAAAUAAUGCGACAAAAUAUUGUACAAUUUGAUAAAUCUGGAGACAAGCGUAAGAAAUGCAGUCAUGCUCCAUCUGUGCAGGAUCACUUCGAAGAGGAGGAAAGUGAAGACCGAGGUAUGCGAAGAGGCAAAGGCGACAUUUAUAUGUGCAAGCACAAGGACUGUGGGGUUAUUUUCUCCCACGCCUCCAGUCUUUAUCGCCACCAGAAGAAGUUACAUUCGCAGGUGAUGGGACAUCCUUCCGUGCUUUCAGAAGACCCAGCUUUACAGAAGUUUAGGUGCAGCUAUGCCAACUGUAAUGCUUCUUACCUCCUGAACAGUAGCUUGGUGCGACACACAGAGAGUGAGCAUCCUAACCAGGCGACCAGUAGCUUGGUGCGACACACAGAGAGUGAGCAUCCUAACCAGGCGACCAGUAGCUUGGUGCGACACACAGAGAGUGAGCAUCCUAACCAGGCGACCAGUAGCUUGGUGCGACACACAGAGAGUGAGCAUCCUAACCAGGCGACCAGUAGCUUGGUGCGACACACAGAGAGUGAGCAUCCUAACCAGGCGACCAGUAGUCUAAAACGUCACAGAAAAAGUGAUCAUCCUUACCAGGCGACCAGUAGUCUAAAACGUCACAGAAAAAGUGAGCAUCCUUACCAGGCGACCUUGUGCUGCAAGUAUGACGGCUGUACAAAAGUGUUCACCCAAAGCAGUAGUCUGGAAAAACAUGUACUCUCUAGCCACCUCAAUUAUUAUGAUUCACUCGUAUUACGUCUCCAGAAUACUCACAAGGACACGUCAGCCACUGGAUGCCAAAAGAAGCUGAUCAUCACAUCUACGCCACAGAAAGAUGAAACCAAGCUACCCCUCAGGCAAUCUCUAAGACACUGCCCAAAGUCUCCUGAAGAUGUUAAGGCUGAAGAAACUAGUGAAGAGCAAGAUGAAGAUGACGUUGAAAAUGUGUCAACUGAAAAGAAAUCCAGAAGGUUUGAAGAUAUGGUAUUCCGUUCCCAUGAGGAGGCCUUGCAGAUGUGCCAAGAUCGUUGUCAACGUGAAGCCUUCCCGUGCAUGGUGCAAGGUUGUGAUUCUGUAGUCAAACUUAUACGUAGUAUGCGCCGUCACUAUUUAAAAUGCCACAAAUUAACCAAUCAUGCUUUUGAAUUGAAUGAGGAUAAGCUUGUGUUUAGUGCAGAGAAACUGGACGAGCUGAUUCAGAGGAAUACUGUAUUAUCUGCUUGCCCUGAUAUGACGAGGGCACCUAACGGAGUUCUGAAGAUGGAGUAUCAAGCAGAGCCAGAUAACCCUGGUGGUCCAUCUGUCCCUAUGAGUCUGCACUCCAUCGAAGCAGACACACUUGAUGAGCAUGACCCACUGGGGUUCAAAGAGGAGCCACCUGCUGAGAGGAAUGUUUUGGUGGGUGCCGAUGACUUGCUUUAUGGAGAACCUAGUGGGCACACUGAAGAGCCUGUUACUCAAAACAGCCAAGAGGAGAGGCCAAGGCGAAAAUCCUCAAACCCGCCUGCUCUUGAUCUCUCUCCACCAUCCUCCCUCCGAUUCAGUGUUGAUGAGGGCUUCAUGGACAGUUCAGGCAAAGAUGGUGGCAAACCAACAAUUUCUGUGCCAUUGCCCUCCCCUCAAGCCCGCCAGCCACUUAAACGUAAGAACGAACUCUCUGAGCUCCUUCCCAUCCCAAAGGACUCCCAGCCUCACAGCCCUCCCCUUCGCUCAUUUGACCUGGCUGCUUAUAAACCUAUGGGAUUCGAGUCAUCUUUCCUGAAGUUCAUACAGGAGAGCACUAAGGAUGAUGUGAGGCCCCGGGCUUCUCACUGCAACAGCCACAGGCCUGAACCACCUGUGGUGUCUGCUCGGCGGCGGGAUUCCUACAGACGUAACUGUUCUGUAAAAGAGAACAGCCAGAUGGGCCUCUCUACUACCCGUAGCAGGCGGGCUCGAUCUUCCCCACUUCAGCCUCUUCCCAGGACAGGGGAAUACACAUCAGUCCAGAACUUGCGCCUCAUCUUGGACAAGGCUCUGACGGGUUGUGGUGACCUAGCCAUUAAGCAGCUGCAGUACCUCAGGCCCGUGGUAGUUCUUGAGAGGCCAAGGUUUUCCACCUCCUUGCUUGACCUCUUCCCCACAAAAACUAAUGAUAAGCUACUUCUCGACGGUUCGUAGAACUGAGUAUCUUUGUGUCCAAUAUAAAGACUAUCCCAGUGUUUUUUUUCUAAUGUAAUUACUACUCUGAUGUUAUCAGUAUCUUUUUAAGUUGCCAAACUGAUUAGCUCAAGUACCUUAAUUGACAUACAACAGAUACGUGUGUAAAAUGAUCCUUCCCCUGAUUUUUUAAAACUUCUUUAGAGUAUUUGUAUUACAUUUUUGUCAGGUGAUGAACGUUCUAAUGUGUGUAUAUAUAUAUGCGUCUUCUCACUACAAAAUGAAGUUUUAUAAAACAUUUUCAAAUAUUAUUUAGAACGGUGUAGCUCAUUGUACCAUUUCAAUGCUAUUAAUUUGUCUGAAAAAUAGCUUUCAUGGGACAGGAACAUCUCAUUUGCCCACUAAUAACUUGAGGAAAAAUGUUGUCCCCUCUGAAUAUUAAGACCCCUUUCUUUUUUUCAAUGCAGUGGGCAGAUGUGUAAUGCUUUAUAAGAAUAAUAAAUGUUUGAAUAGGCCCUUUCAAAAAUAUUAAAUUGCAUUGUCUAUCUUUA